AUGUGGGGAAGAAGCCAAGAAAAGACGACUGAACAACAAAAAGAGUCGCCCAAGGAAGAUGGCGCCAAGACAUACGACCCCAACAAGCUUCCGGCACGUGAGAAGCUGCCGGCGGCCUUGCAGAAGAUAGUCGAUAAAUCGGAUAGGGAGGACAAUUUCUUUGACGAACUGGUGGACGGGUAUGCACCCGAGUCUACCGAGUCAAAGGUCCGUUAUGCCGCCUACGUUACGCGCAUCCGCACGAUCAUGCUAUCCGCCCACCGAUACGUUGCCUACACCUCUGAUAUUGGCGAAUCAUUCCGGCCAGUCGCGCAUCCCGGUAUUGUCCGCACCGCGUACGGAAUAUCGUGGCUUUACAUCCUCGGCGAUGUCAGUUACGAAGGCUACAAGGCGUACUGGGCUAAUCAGCGUGUCCUCAACCCGCAUCUCCAGCUUACGGCGCGGCAAGCGAAGAUUACGGGACUGCCGGAUGCUGUGUCAGAUGCAACGCACCCCAGCGAAGUUGUCCCAGGUGGCAAAGUCGCGCCACUAGACGACUACAGGACAGUCAUGGUCCAGCGAGGAAUCUUCCAGAGCAUUGCCAGCAUGGGUCUACCAGCUUUUACCAUUCACAGUGUCGUAAGGUACUCUGGCCGAGCCCUCAAGGACGUAAAGAACGCCAAAAUAAGGACCUGGGGCCCUAUUGGUCUCGGCCUGGCUGUUGUGCCUUUCUUGCCUAGUCUCUUCGACGAACCGGUCGAGAACGCUGUGGAGUGGAUCUUCCACAAGGGCUUUGAGUCAUAUGGUGGUAAGGAGUUCGUUGGCGACGCACCAGCCACGGGUCGUGAAGACUUAUUGGCGAAGAGGCCAAAGGAAAAGGAACUGUAG